GUCUCCGGACACGCGGUGACGCGCUCGCAGCGACGACUCGAAAGAGUGACGGCGGCGGCGGUGGUGGUGACGCUCGGGAGGUGGGGGCAUUUGUGCUGUCAGGGGAGCAACACGGUGCAUCCCAGGAACUGCAACAACUUGCACACGGGUCCUGAGUGUUUAGAAAUGACUGAUAAUAUAGCAAGUGAUGAGUCCGGCCUUUCAUUCACCCCUCUGGUGGUCAUUGAACUGGCUAGCAACACUGAAGAAGACGCAGUUAAAUGGCUAACAAAAAGAAUCAGUGAUAAAAAGGAGGAUGGAGGCGCUGACCUGAAAAUCACGGCACUUCCUAGGGCUAAGGAGGAUUUAAGCAAAGAGAACAGAAAACUUUAUCUUGUGGGUGCUUCCAAGGAAAGACUGUUGCUUGGGGCAGAAGAAGUUGGACUUGUGAAGGAGUGUAGUGAUGGGCCAAUGAGAACCUUUACAUGCAGCAACAGGAACAGUUUCAAGGGCUUUGAAGAUAACAAGGAUGAUUUCCUCAGCAUGGCAGAGUGUCAAUACAUUAUUAAACAUGAGCUAGAUAGCCUGCGGGCCAAAAGUGAGACAAUGAUACCUGGAUACCCGCAAAUAAGCCUUUAUCCUGGGAAAUCAAUCCUAAGAAGACUCCAGUCAAAAGGGAUUUUGAUUCAAAUUUUCCCUCUUCAUGAUAAAGAAGAACUGAAAAAGUUGUCUGGUUCCUGGUUUGGCCAGAUUAAAUUUUCAUUCCAGCCACUUGAUGCAAUUCGCCACUACUUUGGAGAAACCAUUUCUAUUUAUUUUGGAUUCUUAGAGUACUUCACAUUUGCCUUACUGCCUAUGGCAUUUAUUGGUGUUCCUUAUUAUCUAUUUGCUUGGGAGGAUUAUGACAAGUAUGUUCUUUUUGCCACAAUCAACCUGGUGUGGUCAACGGUGAUUUUAGAAUUCUGGAAGCGUCACUGUGCUACAUUGGCAUACAAGUGGGGAACUCUUGUUCGAAAGAAAGAGUUUGAAGAGCCAAGACCAGGCUUCCAUGGGGUACUUGGUAAAAACCCAGUGACUGGAAGAGAUGAGCCUGUUUAUUCCAGCACAAAACGACAUCUGCGGAUAUACUUGAUCUCUGUACCCUUCGUCAUUUUUUCGUUAUAUAUUUCUCUCUGUGUAAUGAUGGUCUACUUUGUAAUGGAACAAUGGGUUUUAGAAUAUCACAGUUUCCAUCAGUCCUACUGGAGCAGUCUGUUGCUGUUUGUGCCCAGCAUCAUCUAUGCCAUUGUCAUUGAGAUCAUGAACCGUAUAUAUCGACUUGUAGCUGAAGUCCUGACUGGAUGGGAAAACCAUAGAUUGGAAUCAUCAUACCAGAACCACUUGAUUUUGAAGGUUUUAGUGUUCAACUUUCUAAACUGCUUUGCAUCUCUGUUCUACAUAGCCUUCGUUCUGCAAAACAUGCAUCUUUUAAGACAAAGUCUGGCAACUUUGCUGAUUACAUCACAAAUUAUUAAUCAAAUUGUUGAGGCCUUUCUACCUUACUGGUUGCAAAAGAGAUACAAACGGCGAAUGCACAGCAAGAUGUCACAAAUAAUAAAAUACAAAGAACUGCCUUGGGUUGAAGACGUCGAGCUGGAAACCAGUAUGAGUACUUACUUUGGAACCUUUGAUGAUUACCUGGAGCUUUUUCUACAGUUUGGCUAUGUCAGCCUUUUCUCCUGUGUCUUCCCUCUGGCAGCUUUGUUUGCAGUAUUGAAUAACUUGACAGAAUUGUACACAGAUGCCUUUAAAAUGUGCAGAGUCUUUAAAAGGCCCUUUUCUGAGCCUGCAGCCAAUAUAGGAGUAUGGCAGCUGGCCUUUGAAACAAUGAGCGUCAUUUCAGUCAUUACAAACUGUGCACUCAUCGGAAUGUCUCCCCAAGUGAAGUCGCUUUUCCAAUCUGAAACACAACUCAUUUUGCUUGUGGCAGCUGUUCAGCACUCCUUGUUGGCACUUAAAUUUAUUUUAUGCUUCAUCAUCCCAGAUGUUCCGAAGGAAAUACAGACAAAAUUGGCAAGACUGGAAUUCGAAUCACUAGAAGCCCUCAAGCAGCAACAAUUGAAACGGGCGAAGGAGGCCUUGAAUCUGAAGUAAGGCUGAAGAUAGAAGAAACCGCUGAACCAAAGACGUGGAGUGAAGCUGGAGAGAGGAUGACUUGUGCGGCCCACGCACUCUGGCGUAUGGUUUUGUCCACUUGCACGGCUUUCAAACAGAUUCUUUUUCAUUUGUUUUAUCAGGGAGUCCUAACAAAGGUUGUUUUUGAGGGGAAUUUUCUUCCAUCCGUUUUCUCUUUGGAACUUCCCUUCAUUUGCAGUGAGCACAUCCUAAGUGUGGAGGCCUCUGAUCCCCUUCACACAACUUGUGCUGCACUUUGGUAAAUUUAGAUUCUGUUUAAACGGUGCUCUUGUUUGAAUCUGAAUCUAGUGGGUAGCUGUAGCUAACUUGGGUGUCGCUCCACUUUUAUAACUUCUGUUCUGCUUGCUUGUUAAAUAAUAUAGACAAUGGAAUCAUGGUGGGUGGGCGGGGUAAAUACCCAAAUCAUCACACUUUUGGUGGUAUGUAGGACUUCAUUUUAUAAAAUUUCCAUUUGGUUAUGAUUAAUAUCCUGUAUGAUAAAAGGGCCCACCUGUCUGGCGGGCUGCUGAGUUUUUAUUUUUAAUAAUAGCAAAGCUAUAAGCGCCUGAUAGCAGCAUAUAAUUGCACAUCCUGGGCAUUACAGCCAGCCUCGUUGGUUACGUCCAAUGCAAUUCCCUCUGACCCAGGGGUUAAGCAGAUAAGGAAAGAACUGCAGCCAUGAAUACCAAGCAGAGUUCACCAGGCCAUGAAUUAUUCUUGGUCAUUAAGUAAUGGCAGUAAAACAGAAAUAGCGCACUCCUCAUAAUAAAACAGAGCUCUGCGACUGAAGGUAAACUCGAACUCGCUGC